AUGGUCCCUCUACCCAGAGCGGGGUCAUUUUCGCCAAAUCCUGCCCAAGCUCUCCAGACCGGUUCCAACCACUCUCCGCAUCCAUCACACACUGGUGUUUUCAGUGCUGGCGCCAGCCCCAGCACCAGCAGUCCGACGGGGGCAAGCUCCCUGACCAAGAUUGCUGUCGCACAAGUUUAUCUCCUUCUGAGUACCAUAAAGGAGGAUAAGGACAGGGCCAAGUGGGAGCUACAGCUUGAGCAACUCAGGAGACUUAUCGAUGAAAACGGCAUGGAGGUCUUCACCAAAUACUUCACCCGACUAGUUGUCGGCAAUGCGCCACAAAUAUUUCCUGGCCUUAAUAGGCCAGUUGCCAAUCCUGGCAACUACCAUAUUCUCGUCAAGGAAAUGGUGAAGAUUGCCGUCGAUCCGGAACAAGCGACCAAAAUUGCAGAAUCUAUCGAGAGUGGAACUGAAGACAUAUUCCGUGACUUCGAUUUGUCCACCUUCAUGGAGCACUUCAAGCUGGAUCCGUUCAUGAAGACGCUGCUUGCGCUCGCCAUCAAAAUGGGGUCUCGCGCUGAUUUAAAGACAAAGGCCGACGCGAUUCUAUCAGCCAAUUUUAGUACCUUUGUACAGAUAUUGGAGAUGCCCACAAUCCACCAAGAUCUCACUCCCGACUUCAUGGCUCUAGUCAUCGACCGGUUCCUUCAGUAUCAUCCUCCGAGCUUUACGGGCUCCUCUCGACGCGAGCUACGCAAUGCUAUUUCAAAGCGAUACACAAUGAUGGAUACAGCUACGCCCUCGCAGGUACUAGCUGCGCUCGAUCUUGCGCGCGUUCUGAUUGACAAGCCUACCAAUGCAUUGGCGAGGUACAUACAAAAGACUGGAGCUGACGUUACUCGUGACGAAGAGUCGUGUCUGUCGCAUUUGCAAGCACGUCACGGUAACUUUCAGCUCACACCCGAGCAAGUUUCUUCAGCGCUCACGUUUGUGACUAUUACACAGACACCCGAGCAUAAUCCGUCGGUUCUGGUUGCCGCUCUUCGCCGAAUCGUCGCCAAGACAUUUGAGUGGAAUGAUGUCGUUGGAUCUUUUGACCAGCCCACUGCUAGAAUAACGUCCGCUCAGUUCCUGCGCCUGUACAAAGCACUCCUGCCCGUCGCUGAAGAUCCCAAGAUGAACUUCGAUAUCCAGCGAUUGUGGGGUGGCACAUGGUCUGAACCAGAGGCGCAGUUGUCUUUUGUAAGCGCUUACGCUUCCUUGACUCCAGAGCAGCUAGACGCUACGACGAUUCCCAAUCUCCAACGCAGCAUCAAUCUCGACGACUACGCAAACUCGCCACAGAAAGCACGCGAACGAGCAGCAGUUGCAAUAAGGCACCCCCUUGUAUCCGUCGCAGCCCUAUCAGCCAUUUUCAACUCCGCGCUCAGCUCAAUGCACUCCUCCCAAUCUAUCGAGGCCAAGCGACUCUUCCAGAAUGUCGUCGUUCCAAACAUCGAUAUAUUCCUUGUUACUGCAUUCGAGAUCUCGAGAACAUCUUGGCCGGACAUGGCCGCCCAAACUUUGGCUUCGUUGUUUGAUGAAUUUCUAUACAGACAUUCCACGGAGUAUGAGUUUGUAUUGGACAGCCUUUGGCGAAAAGAUAAGGAUUGGGUGUGCAGUCGCCUAGCCGACGCGCAUGCUGGGAAGCCAAAUGAACUGCCAGUCAUUUUCGAGCAUGCUGUCCACCAUGAUUGGCUGGAUACGCUUGUGUACUUGGGGAAUGGGUUCGCUCUUGAUUUGGCAGCUCUGGCACAUGCGGAAGGAUACCUCGAUCUUUCCAAAUGGGCCAAAUACCACGCCGACCAAGGAACUGACAUUUCUAGAACAUUGGCCCAGUUUUUGGUGAUCAAGGCUAACUUCGAGAUUGCCUCUCAAAGACCGGACUCUCAGCCCAACGGCAAAGUUACAACGAGCAGCCUUCAAGUCCGCACUGUCUCUGCUCUGCUACAAAUUCUCGAAGACUUGAUGCCCAAAGCCCCGGUUCCUGAUCUUAUUGUUGUCCAACGUCAAUGUAUCACGGCCUAUCCACGACUUAUCAAUUACGGCGAAGGCUACGACGACAUCAUCGAUGCUAACUCUGCACAUGGCAACGGGCUGCCGACAGCAGCGAACACCAAGAUGGAGGAGCACUACAAGCGCAUGUAUGGGGAUGAAAUUGCCGUCCGCAACAUUGUUGACGUCCUCGAGCGAUACAAGCACUCCAGAGACAUGCUAGACCAGGAUGUCUUUGCCUGCAUGAUUCACGGCCUGUUCGAGGAAUAUAUCCACUACGUCGAUUACCCGCUCGAAGCGCUGGCAACCACCGCUGUUCUCUUUGGCGGCAUCAUUUCUCACAAGCUGAUAUCCGACCUUCCCCUUAAGAUUGGUCUUGGGAUGGUUCUCGAAGCUGUCCGUGACCAUACCCCAGACAAGCCAAUGUACAAAUUCGGGUUACAAGCUCUAAUGCAAUUACUGGCUCGAUUCCGCGAAUGGCCAGGAUUUUGCAAGCAGCUUCUUCAAGUUCCAGACCUGCAGGGCACAGAUGCUUAUAAAAAGGCGGAGGAAAUUAUUCGUGAGCAUGAGGAUGAUUUAGCUCGAGGACGGGGCAGCGCCGGCACUCCCCAUGCACUAGCUUUCGCUACCGACGCUUUAGCGAAUGGGAACGAUGACCUGGCUUCAACCGAUCGGCCAACCGCACCAUUCAUGGCAAUUUGUUUCGACCCCGUUCCCCCGGGGGCCGGAUACGAAGACCCCGACGAGGACGAACAAGGCAAAAUUCAGUUCGUCCUAAACAACAUCACGGAGCAAACACUCGAAUCUAUGUGCCUGGAGCUUCGUGACAUGUUGGAUCGCAAGCAUCAGCAAUGGUUUGCAAGCCAUUUGGUCGCGGAGCGAGCCAAAAUGCAGCCAAACUAUCACCACGUAUACCUAGACCUGGUCAAAUUCUUCGAAGACCCCACCUUAUGGAGCGAGGUGCUCAGAGAGACAUAUUUCAACGUCGCUCGCAUGCUCAACUCUGAAGCUACGCUCCAAAACUCUACUGAGCGAACCCAGCUGAAAAAUCUUGGUGGCUGGCUCGGACUCCUGACACUUGCUCGCGACAGACCCAUCAAGAGCAAGAAUAUUGCCUUCAAACAACUACUUAUUGAAGCACACGACACCAAAAGGCUUAUCGUCGUCAUCCCGUUCGUCUGCAAAGUACUCCUUCAAGGGGCUAACUCGACCGUUUUCCGUCCUCCGAAUCCCUGGUUGAUGGACAUCAUAUACCUGCUUAUUGAGCUCUACCAUCAUGCCGAACUCAAACUCAACCUCAAAUUCGAGAUCGAAGUUCUCUGCAAAGGUCUCAGCCUCGACUAUAAGAGCAUUGAGCCAUCUGGCGAAAUCCUCAAUAGACCUGCAGUAGAGGAGCCAGUGCCGGUGCUGGCAGCCGAACAGCUUGAGCCAUUCGAAGGAAUACCCUUGAAUGGCCUUGGCUCGAGUGUCGGUGCCGGCCUCUCGCCUCAGGCUGUGGCGCCGACAAUUCCUGACUUGAGUGCGCAAAUAACAAUCCCACCAACAAAUGAAAUGGUGGUGAGCACCACGAGAUUACAUGAAAUCGUGCGAAGCUCUGUUAACCGCGCUCUGCUUGAUAUCAUCCAACCUGUCGUUGAUCGGUCAGUUACAAUUGCCGCAAUUUCGACGCAACAGAUGAUUCGAAAAGAUUUUGUUUCGGAGCCAGACGAGAACAGGGUCCGGGCCUCUGCCAUCAAUAUGGUCAAGGCAACGGCUGGGGCUUUGGCUCUCGUCACUUCCAAGGAACCACUUCGGGCCAACAUGACCAACUACAUGCGCAAUUUUUCCAAUGAUCUCCCGUCUGGUCUACCGGAAGGCACAAUCAUUAUGUGUGUCAACUCAAAUCUUGAUGUUGCCUGCAAUAUUAUUGAGCAACAGGCUGAAGAGCGUGCCGUGCCUGAAAUUGAGGAGCUUCUUGAGGCUGAUUUCGAGGCUAGGCGCCGUUUCAAAGCCCAGAACCCGAAUGAGUCUUCAUACCCGGCGAAUAUUAACCGCUGGGCAAUGACUAUACCCAACCCCUUCAAGCUAUCUCCCAACAUGCCAGGUCUUAACCCGGAACAAAUGGCCAUCUACGAGGACUUUGCCCGCCAGCCACGUAGUACGGCAAUGAUAACUGCGGCUGGCACAAAUCAUGAGCCAUCGGCCUCCGAUGCGACAAGAUCGCUCGCCAACGAGGUACUGCAGGAACCCUUUUCCACUAUGCCGAAUAUCCCCACGCCUGCAGAGACGCCCUCCCUCCAGCAGCUCGGCUCGCAAAUGCAGCCAUACGGGCCUCUUCAAAGUACCGCAGGAAGCAUGUCGAACGGACGGUCCGGCAGUUUUCCCAUGGAGGCACAUGGCCUAACAGAGCGCCUCACCAAGUUGCUACAGGAACUACUCCGUGCCGCGGGUGAGGCUCGCGAGGAGCACUUUGCCGACUUGCCCCGUCCCCACCAGGUCCUUGAUGUUGUCGAUGCGCUUGUCCAGUUCAUCAUCAAGACAUCUCAGAGCUCAGAAGAGCUGCCAAUUUAUGCCGCUGAGCAGAUCACUGCUGUCAUUUUUCAGCAGGUCGAAGACAACCUCACUCUGGAGAGUCUUGUUCAUGUCAUGGAAACACUGCGCAAGAUUUCAGGUCACGGCUUGAAUAAUCGUGUUCGCGCUCUAUUCAGGGAGCAACCAGGGGGCAAUUUUCUCAGUCUGUCAUUGAUUGCCGCUCUCAUGCGAACUGAUCUUCUCGAUUGGAAGAGCAUCGACGUGGCCAUGUCCCAAGCCCUCAAUGCCAGAAAGGAAGGCUCUCUCGGCUUCUUGGAGCAGAUGCUGGAUCUAGUCCUGCUCAACAGUCGCCCUAUUGCUCUCUAUGCCGAUUUCGUCUGUACUCUGGAAGCGGCGUGGAACUGGAUCAACACGGACGGUGAUCCUGAGGUCGGAGAGAGACUCAAGAGUAAGCUUGUGGGCUCCGGUAUGUACCAGCCAUCGCAAAAUAACGGAAAUGAGUCUUUCUCGAGACGGGACCAGAUGGAGUAUGUCUUUGACGAGUGGGUGAAGCUGUGCGACAACCAGAAUACAUCAAGCGCGGCUGCCGACGGCUUCAUCCAGCAGCUCCGGGCUACACAGGUUAUUCGCAACAAAAACGAUUUCUUUGCGUUUGUCCGCACAGCCAUUGACGUGUCUGUUGACCGCUUCGAGCAUCAGAUUGUUUCUGGAGGCGAUGGCUAUAUGAUGAUAGAUGCUCUUGCGAAGCUCAUUGGCAUGUUUAUUCGCAUGGAACAGGAUGGCAUCACUUCUCGCGCAUCAUUUGUCGAGUCCGUGUUUGUCAUAGUUACUCUGGUUUUGACUCAUCACCAUAUACGACGUGGCGAGUUGCUUAACUCGAGGAUUUUCUUCCGCCUGAUCUCGAUGCUACUGCACGAGCUGCACAGCAUUUGCGAUGAGCUGCCCGAGGAGGAAUCAAGGCAAAUCAUCUUGAAUGUCGCCGUCAGAAUGGAGUCGCUCGGCCCACGCCACCUGCCUGGUUUUUCCUUUGCCUGGCUCGCGCUUUUGCAGCACCGAUCCCUGAUGCCAAGCCUGAUGUCUCUUCCUGGCUACGCAGGAUGGAAGCCUUAUUCCGAUCUUGUGUGUCAGCACUUGGAUUUUCUGAGUGAGCAGCUCAACGCCUUCAGCGUGUCAUCUGUCGCGAAGGAUCUAUAUCGAGCCACUCUUAAACUACUUGUCAUCCUUCAGCAUGACUACUCCGACUUUCUUGCGGCGCACCAUGUUGAUUUUUGCAAGAGUAUUGCGCCUCACUGCUCCCAGCUGCUCAAUCUUGUCCUCACUGCUCAGCCCCCGCAGGGUUACACAAGGGUAGUCUCCAAGGGUAGGGACACUGCUGAGCUCGAGAGUAAGGUCUACCCGGGUCUCGUUGCUGAUGCCAAGCUGGUUUUGCAAGAAGCCGGUCUGAUUGAGGGUGUCGAGGAAGUCAUCCAGGGCGCCACUUCCGAGGGUAUUGUGGCGCAAAUCGUCCACAAUAUGAGCUCUGGAUCCAAGCCUGAGACGACAUUUGGAUAUGUACCGGUGUCCGCCAAUAUCGAUGUCAUCAAUGCCGUCGUCAUUUACUUUGGUCAUCAUGCAGCGGAGCGUUUGUCCGGGGGUGAGCCGAUUGCGAUCAAUGGCAAGGAGCCGGAGGUUGCGGUCCUAUCUGCUCUCAUGCACGAGGUGUCUCCGGAGGUUAGAUACCAUUUGGUGUCGAGCAUGAUCAACCAGCUUCGAUAUCACAGCAUGGACACUGAGUUCUUUACUCAGUUCCUGCUACAUGUCUUUGGGAAAGACCUGCAUGAUCCGGAAGACACGGACAUUCGCCAAGAAAUCACUAGAGUCCUGCUCGAGAGACUGCUUGCGUUCUGGCCACAGCCAUGGGGACUGAUGUCUCUGGUUGUUGAGCUGCUCAGGAACGAAAAGUACAUGUUCUUUGAUCUGCCAUUCAUCAAGUCAACUCCAGAGGUGGCGGAGCGAUUCGGAAGUGUUCUUCGGGUCUAG